UGUCUGGGUCAGUGUGUGUGUGUGCUGUGUGUGCGAGUAGGUGCUCGCUAACAGCACUUGCCCCAACAGUCUGUUGAGGCUAUACGGGGGACCUUUGUCUGUGUAUGUGUGCGUCUGGGUCAGUGUGUGUGAAUGUGUCUGUGUGUGACGUGUGGCGUGUGUGUUGAGUAGGUGCUCGCUCACAGCACUUGCCCCAACAGUUUGUUUAGGCUAUACGGGGGACCUUUGCUGUGUAUGCGUGUGCGAGUCUGGGUCACUGUGUGUGUGUCUGUGUGUGUCUGUGUGUGACGUGUGGCGUGUGUGUUGAGUAGGUGCUCGCCAACAGCACUUGCCCCAUCAGUCUGCUGAGGCUAUACGGGGGACCUUUGUCUUUGUCGACGUGUGGGUGUGCGCAUGUACUGUAUGAGUGCGCGUGGUGAAGAAGGCGGUGCGCCAAUGCGGCACGGCCAGGAUCGCAUUCAGGGGCCAUGCGCUUGACGCCACAGACGGACUUGUAGACGCGCAGACAGGCGAACACACAGGACACGUCGACUAAUAGACGAAUACAUUGAUCAAGAAAUCGCUUGACAAAUAGACAGAUAUACCAUCGGGCGACAGAGAAGAGCACAAUCAAAUAGACAAAACAUUAGUCAAUUACUGCAGUAUAUAAACACAACAAAUGCAUAGGCACGCAAAUAGCUAGAUAAACCAAUUCAAUUAGGCAUUUCGAUACAUAGACAUACACUGCGGAUAAAUAGACACAAAACGGCAAAUAUAGCCCAAAUCAUCAGCAGACACACGGACAACUCGGCCGGCAAUCUUCCACUGCGCUUCCUCCACCCAAGGUCACGGCUACUCGGAGCGAGGUCGAUGCGGAGAGACGCGCGGCGGCACGGGGCGAUGGUGCCGUGGGAGCGGCUGACGAUCGCCCUCUCGGCUCUCCUGGCCAUGGCUCACCUGACGCUCGCCACCUUGGCCAAGCCCAUCCGUGCACUGUGCAGCGCGGUGAUGGGUGGACACGAGCGCCGAGCGAUGAGCGGCACUCGCGGCGACGGUGACAGCAACUCCGCGAAGUCGAACGUCUUCUUGCACGCGCUGGACGACGGCUUUACGGUGCACGCGCUCCCCGGCGGGGACGCCAACGGCGGCGUCGUCCUGGGGGCCGGCGAUCCGACUGCGCCGGCGGCGACGCCGCGGCAAGCGCGCCCGUCGGCGCGGCCCCUCGCCGUGUUCCUGCCGUGGCUCGGCGCGCGUCCGCAAGCCGCGCAGCGCUACCGCGACCUGUACCAUGCCCUGGGCAUGGACGUGUUCACUGUGGAGAGCCACGUUUCCCACUUCCUGUGGCCGCGCUCGGGGAUUGUGCGAGCGCGGCGCGCGCUGGAGCUGCUCGCGACGGAGCCGCGGCUAACGGGAGGCGACGGCUCGCCGGAGGGCGGCCGCCCCCUCUACGUGCACGCCAUGUCGGUGGGCGCCUACAUGUUCAGCCUCAUGCUGCUCGUCGCCCAAGGCGAGCCCGGGCGCUACGGCACCAUCAUCGGCCGCGUCCGCGCCCAGGUGUUUGACAGCAUGGUCGCCGGCAGCCUCGAACACAUGGCCAAAGGCGUCUCGGUGACCUCCAUGCCCUCCUACCUCAGCGGCCUCACCUACCGCUCGACGCUGGCCUACUUCAGCCUGCUGCGGCCCUACACGGUGGCCUACUACGAGGAGGCCCUGGCGGCGUUCAAGAGGGGGCCCUGCUACGCGCCCGCCCUCGUCUACUACUCGCUGGACGACAGGUUGAGCGACGCCGCCGUGGUGAACGACACGGUGGAGGGCUGGCGCGGCCGCGGCCAGGAGGUGUCGUCGGUGUGCUGGGACAAGUCCCGGCACGCGGCGCACAUGCGCACGCACGAGAGCGAGUACCUGGAGGCGCUGCACAGCUUCAUGGCGGCGCGUGGGGUUCGCCGGCUGGCGCCCGCCAAGCUGUGAGCCGGAGGAGGGAGACGAAAGCGGUGGGGGAUCGCGCGCGAACGAAUGGUCAGCGGGAUGGUGCGGUUGAUCGAUUCGGUCGUUUCGACCGCUAGGUUUAUUUUUCAAUUCGUUCCGAGUGUCCGUUUGAUCGUUCGUACGAUUGUUUGCGUGCCCGAUUUGAUCAAUUCAGUCGUUCGAUGGGCAGUUCGAUCGGUCGUUUGAGUCGCUCUCUUGUCAUUAGUUUUGAUCGUGUUCCUGAUCACUUGCGUGACAUUGAUAUUUGAUCUUUUGCUCGGUUGUCAUUCGAAUCGGCAUAUUUCGAUCGCUCGAUUGUUUCAAAUCGCUCAUUUGAUCGUCGUCCAUUGGAUUUGCGCGAUAGUCAUUAUUUACUCCGCUUAUGUUCGAUUGCUGGAUAGUUGCAUAAUCAUAAAUGGAGCAUUCGUUGAAUCGGCAUUCCGUUGAUUGCCUCAUCUUUAGUUUAAUUGAUCACUCGCCUUCUUGAUCACCGCUUCGCUCACUCGAUCGAGCGCCGUUAAGCGGAAACAACUUUCCCAUAAAUAAUUUAAUGAUGAAAUUAGUCUAGAUAUGAUGCACUACUACUACGCACACACAGUGAGAUGGUGGGAUAAAUAACUGAGGGUACGCCACCACGUUACUGUAUCAUUCCAUGGACUGUCUCGCUGGAGCGCUCAGCCGCGCAUCUUAAUAAAGUAGUUCGUCAUCAACCGCUCAGAAACGCGUUAUAACGGGCGUGUUCCGUGUUAUAACGGGCACAUUCCGCGUUGUGCGAAAAGUGUUCCCGAAUGGAAGAACCGUGUUACAGUCAGAACACGUUAUAGUGUGAACGCAAACGCGUUAAGCGAGGACUUACCGUACUUCACACUGAUCAGUGCGGGCUGGUACAGGAGUUAAAGAUUGGGGCAUAACAGAGUACGUUGGCCCGUGAUGCACUGCCCCCUGCUGACAACGAAAUCGAAGAUGCGUUUAAAAAAAAAAGAAAUUCGCUGGGUCGUUGGCCGAGUCGCAGUGGGUCAGCUACCGCGUCUCCCGGUUGUUCACUUCGUGCAUUCAUCUGCGAGCAAUGGGAAGGACUGCGGUCAUGGGGUGACCAGGUCAACUCGUCGUAGCAUUUUUUUCAUCUCAUAAAUUAUUUAUUGACGACAGGUACCCGCAUCAGUCAAGAGGUUGAAGCACCGGCCCCCACUUAGUAAACCAGGAGAGUUCUAACCCCAUGCCAACGGUGGACCUACGUUGCACGUUUACCGGGCAUCUCUCAUUUUAAUACAGCGCGUCAACUAAAAGUGGCCUGCCGGCCAAGUGGCUCGGCGGUCAGAGCAGUGAGCCAGCGCAGUUGAGACCUGAGUUCCGGAGUCAGGGUUUCAGCCGUCCGUGAUUAAACCGCGGCCUUCGCGUACAGGUGAGUUGAUGGUCGUAGCGCCAGUCACCAAUUGCUGCACACGGAAACCCAUCACGUUAAACUUAAUUCGAUUUGGCACUGCCAACUGCUGAGAAUUAAAUAGACGGGAGAGCCUUGCCCAUUCACUCAAAGGCAUUGUGGGAAAACUCGGGGUUUGGUUCACGGUUCGUAAUACGACACCCACCCCCUUUUUUUUAUAUUACCCUACAUCAACCUCAACAUUUGAUGUCAAAUGUUAUAUUUUCUUGUGUUAAAUAUAACUUGUGUGGUCAAUGUAUAGCGCGUCUUUUUUUUUUUUCUACGAAGUGUACACUACUGUACGUUACAGGAAAAAAAAUCGCGCGGCUGAACCUCACUGCCUCCUCGCCGGAGGCUGGGAACACCACGUGGUCUGGGACGCACGAUGGGGCACUCGGGAGACAGGACGGAGACAAGACGGCGAGUUUGUUAUUCCGCUGCAGCAGCAGCAUUGCGAGCAGCGCAGUCACGAUGCACGGAAAAAUCUCGCGGUCAGUCGCCGAAUGGUCGAGCCACAGGGACGCGAUUGGCGAUCUGUACCUCAAAUUUGGCGUAAAGCCGCAAUAGCUAAACCCGCGAGAGGGUUUGCUGUAUAUAGAAAAAUAUUAGUUUGCCUUAACAUGUUAGGCAGGUUGGCAAAUACCCGUACCCGGCCGGGUACGGGUACCCAUUUGCGACCCUGGUGCGGCCGGGUACAGGUACGGGUAGGCCGUGAGUCACUGGUGAGUAACCGUUUGUCACUCAUUUCGGGUAGGGUACGGGUACAGGUAGGGAAUGGGUACCCGUACCUGGCCGGGUACGGGUACCCAUUUGCGACCCUGGUGCGGCCGGGUACGGGUAAGGAAUCAAAACCCGUUUGUGACCUCUGGUGACGGCUCUCGCACUGCUGAUGUCUUAUCGGCAAAAGUGGCUCCCCGUUUACAAAUGAGUGAAGAUCACUGCCCUAGACACUGAGCGAUGAUGCACUUGCUUCUCGCCAAGCGAUUCACGCUGAUGACCCUGAACCCAGUCGAGGAAAAUUGGAUAUUGAAAUGUAAGGUCCCAGUCUCUCUACAGAAUUCCCACUGGUACGAAAAUGCUUGAGGGGAAUAUCUAACAAUGCCGAGUUGUUUUAACCGGGUCAGUGAUUGGGAAAUUGUGGAGUUUUGAGUAGUGGACAAAUCUGUUCCUCGUUGAACUGUUCCAGGCUGUGGUUACAUUUCAGAUGAUAGCCAUUUGUCUAAAGACGCGCACGCAAAGCACUAAGGAGAGUAAUAAUUUUUUUCUCUCUUUCAAGUUUUAUUUACUUCCUUUGGUAAUGUCAGUUUUAUCAGCGUGUUAAGUGUUGAAAAAUGUCUUGAUUUUUUUAGACUGUUUAUACAUUAUUCCCGUCACCAGCAGAGUGCAGUGAAGUGUGCAAUAAUUCCACAGCACUUAGCAAUAUGCACUGAUUGUAACCCGUUUGGCUCAGCGGGAGUGUGUACGUUUGCUACUUUUACACACACACCCGUAGAGAAAAAAAUAUAUUCUCGAACGUUUUUAAGAGCCAUUUUUAGUGAUGAUCAACGUAUUUUCUCUACAUAAACUAAAAUAUUCCUUUCGAAGUGAUCGUUUUGUCUCGCGGUUUUGUGAUGUCGAUGAGACGAUGCUGGUUGGGUGGUGUUUAUUAGGCAGGUUGGCAAAUGCUCUCUCAGAGCAGUACGGAAAGGUUCUGAGCCUCCGCAUCGAAGGAAAUACCGAAGACCGUUGAUGUCCCCGAUGCUUAGCGAUGAAUUUCCUCCUUAUGCUUCGGAUUUUGCAAGUAGAUACCUCCGUGGUUCAAUGGCCAUCGAUUUACAAUCCAGAUGUCACCACUUCGAUGCAAUUUCCCGGCGCGGCAGUUGUGACAGUGGCGCAGGUUUAUUCAAUCUCCACCCUGCCCACCAUGCUCAUUUAAAUCCUUUAGUGUUUAGUUUGUUGUCGUUCUCCCGCACCUCUGAUUAGCACAAUCGGCUGCGUACGGCGCGAAAGAAGUUCUACAUACAUGCGUACAUGUAGCAGCGUAAAUGGUUCCAUCACCACAGUAAAGUCAUAUUCUUGGUUCUUUCGGUAAAGUGACGUAGAAAGAAAAUAAAUUAAAUAAUAGAAUACGACGUUUCGAUUGCAACACAAGCAACCGUCAUCAGAACUAAAUUUGAGAGAGAGACAAAACGCAGACGCGGAGACACAGACACACAAGCAAAGAGAGAGACAACACAGACACACAGAGAGACACGCAACAUAGACACAGAGACCCAAUGCCUCUGUGUCGAGGCCUUAAAUAGAGAGAGAGGGGGGGGGGGGCAGAGAGAGAGGUGGGUCUGCUGGGACAGGUGCUGGAGCAGAGAAAAUGAGCAUGUCAAUGAAUCCACCCCGAAGCGACCGAGGGAGAGAAAGAUCGAAUGGCCCUAUGAGAGCCUGGUAAAUUUUAGAAAGGGAAAUAGGCAGUUUGAGAAAACAAAAUUUAGCUAUCUUCUUGGUUCUUUCUGUAAAGUCACGUACAAGGGAAGUAAUAAAAUAAUAAAAAUAAAACAAUUAAAUAAUUCUCACGACGUUUCGAAGACGGCUGCUUGCGUUGUAGCCGAAACGUCGUGAGAAUUAUUUUAUUAUGUUUUAUUUUUAUUAUUUUAUUACUUCCCUUCUACGUGACUUUACCGAAAGAACCAAGAAGAUGAAUCCCUGCAGUCACGAAAGCUUUAAAUAAAAAAAUAAAAAUUUUAGCUAAUUUUGUGUAUUGUCAGAGGCCGCACUAACUGCCACCAG